AUGGCCCGCCCUAUCCCAGAAACACCGGACCUUGACCUAAGAAAGAAAUCAAAGAGAGACGUUGAAGUGUACAGCAAUGAGAGUAAUAAGUCAAUAUUCGAUAUUUCAGACCGAUUUAGCAACAAUACAGGCAAGAAUUUUGUUAUUGGAACGUUUUCUGGAUGGAUGGCGGGAAUGUCUGUUGUCAAAAUUGGAAGAAUCGCCGCAUUCGGUCUCGGAGGUAGUGUAAUCCUUCUGCAUUUUGCAAGUGAGUUAGGGUAUAUUAACGUGAACUGGGAGAGGAUAAAAGAGUCAGCGGGGCAGAGCCAGGCGUGGCUGGACUGGCUCUUCAGGUUUGUUAAACAGAACAGUUGUUAUUCAGUAGGAUUCGUCGGCGGUUUCUGUUUUGGGAUCGCUUCGACUUAG